AUGGCUGGUUGCAAGUACGCCUUGGUGGAUUGCAUUGCAGGAUGCGGUCAGCGGAUUCAGCGGAGAAAGAUCACGGAUCAUGUGAAAAAGGACUGCGUGAAGCGAUGGGUUAAAUGUCCCCGGUGCAAGAAAGAGACAACCUUUGAAAAGCUACAGGUGAGAAGGAUUAUAAUAUAUUAAUUUUGCUACUGCUGGGGAAAGCAAUGCCUCCCAUUCCAUAAAACAGCAAUUUUUUUUAUGGUUUUAUCCUUUCAGCUGGGUUUUUCUGUGGGAAAUGCACUUCAGAGGCGCCAGACAUACCAAAAUGAUAAAUCAGAAGCAAAUUUGUACAUAAUUGUAAAGCUUCUACCCCAACGUUUUAAGAGACAAACCAACAGGCACUGCUUAGUAGCUUUUGUAAAGCUGAUCACACUUAAAACCUGACAUUCCUGACAUCGGGCUCCUGAAUAAUUCAUGAUCAGUAGCUGUGCAUCUGUCUAAUUUCGAGUUUACCCAGAAUUUUACGGCAUGACAAACAGUACUACAUUUAACCCUCCUUCACUUCCACACUUACAUUUCAGUGACUGUUGAGACUACAGUAAACCAUCUCGGUAGUUAGAAAGCCUUACGCGCAAGUGUAAUAGUAAUAGAACUCGCCGGAUCUCAUUAGAUUUAACGUGGAAACGGACGCAACAACUCCCAACAACGCUGUGUCCUUUUGCACGGGGCUUAAAGUUUGACCGGUUUCAAACUUUGCGCAACAACUCUCAACAGCACGCAACAACAUGCAACAGGGUGUGCAAACGGACGCAACGUGUAACAUCCAACAAUGUUUGGAGUUCUGUUUUUGGCCAACAAUGUUGCGACCGUUUGCACGGGCUUUAGUUUAAACAGUCAUAGCUGGUAAGCCCUGUCAAGACGUACUACCUAUUUAGCGUACAACUUAGAUUAGACUGCAUCGUACAGGAGUCAGAAUUGUCCUUAUUGACGUGACUUACUGUUUAUACUACCUUAUAUAGAACCACAACUGUCCUGCAGCCAGGCGAAACCCGGAUGAAGAAAUAAUCAUGUGCAGUAAUGGCUGCGGGAGUAGAAUGAAAAGACAUCAGAUGCCGCUGCACUUGAGGAACGAGUGUUCACAUCGAUGGGUCUACUGCGAAAACUGCUCAGUAGAGAUUGUCUUUAAAGAUAAACAGGUACGUGUGUUUAUCUCUGUGAGGCGCAAAGCCGCUAAUCCUCGCAUUUGCCCGGGAAAAUAAACGCAUGCAGACGCCGCAAAGUACAAACCAUAACCACAAAGGCAGGCGCACGAAAUUUCCACAAAGGUGGCCGGUUGGAUGCGCCCUAAUAAGGAAAAGUCAUUUUUGCCUUUACUAAUCUACAUCAAGUAGGGAAAGUAUUCCAAGUGUUGCUUUACAGAGCACUUCUGCCAUUUUAGAUUUCGUUCAAGGAGAAUCAUCGUUUCCAACUUAGUUGCUCAUAACAAUGUGACUCGUGUCGUCGAUGUAACGGCGUAGAUGCGUGAAUUCACCCCGGAUGCAACACUCUGUGAGCAAUCAUUUCUUUUCUUUUGUACAGGAACACUUGAGACGUUGUCGACGCCUUCCGUCGGAAUCUGAGCCUCCACCGUUAAAGAGAGGAGGAAACCACCGACAGAGCAUGCCUCAAAAUUCAGUCCGUUUCGACACGCGACAUUUGCGUGGUGGUAACCGCAGCAGUAGUGCCUCUCAGGAAGUACUGGCCCCAAGCCCUUCGCCACCGCUUCGCUCUGUCUCGUUUCCAGCCCACCUCAAUUACAUUGGGCGCGAGGAGUUUGAAAGCGCUGUAGUUUACCGCGGAUCGGAGCGAGCCAGAUCGGUCACAUCAAGUCAAGUGGAACUUGAAAGCCAGUCAGACAUUUUCACUUGCACUUGUGGACAAAGAAUUGCACGUGGUGAGAUCACUAUCCACAUGUCAGAGGAAUGUCCCAGGAGACUGACUAAAUGCCAGUACUGUCGUGCGCAAGUCAAGUUUGAGGAUAUGCAGGUCUGUAGCUUCUGUACCUCUCUGGCGAUCAUGGCACCAAAUUAUUAACGUAUACACAAACGUAGGGUCUUUUUAGGAAGAGACAGGGUGGCUGAGCAGUUAGGGCGCUGGAAUUAUGAUCCGGAGGCCCCGAGAUCAAUCCCCGCCCUUACCGCUUGCUGGAUUUGUUCUCGGUAGUCCCGAGUUCAACUCCUCGGUCACCCUUGUAAACAGUCAACUGCAUUGCCUCCGGCCUGUCGGGAUUCUUAAACGUGUGGGCCACAAUGAAAACUAACGGUUUACCAGCAAUUGUGUUACCCCUAUAAAGUCAUUUUUUGUGCUCAUACAUAGGAGUGAUGGCCGAGGAGGCGUUGUGCGGAGAGGUGCAAAAUACUGUGAGCUCCAAUAAGUGUAAGAGAGAGGGCCAAUGCCCCCCCCACCCCCUUUUCUCCUCAAAUAGCCUCUUUUUUUUCGCUAGCAAUCCUCUGCACCAACCCCUUGGAACACAACUGGUAGCAAGUGUGUACCGUCCUGUUUCACUGAUUAGCUGGACAUACUUGCGCUCCUUUGAUUUAAUUAGAAACUGUAUUUCGCUCCUUAUUGGUUCGGUAAUGAUCUAACUAACCCAGGAUGCUGCCAUGAUUUGAUACCGGAUUUUUAUUAGUCAUAGAAGUGAAAUAUUCGAGAAGAAUUGUCUUUUAAAAAACACAACUCUUAAUCUCUGGUUUUGAGAUCGUGAUGUGAGCUUCUGUCUCUCUCUUUUUUUUAGAGCCAUCUUCAAUUGUGUCCUCGUUUUCCUCUGAGCUGUCCCAACAGCUGUGGUGUUUCACAGAUUCCACGCGAAGAAGUGAGCAAUGUUCUGGACGAUAUUAUGUCACUUGUUUGCCUCUUGUACAGUUCGCACAUCGCAUUCCACCCACUAAUGUUUUUCUCUGUUCCUUUUUCAGGUGAAUCGUCAUCUUUCUAACGACUGUCGCACGAAUCAUAUUCAUUGUCCAUUUAAACAUGUCGGCUGUGAACAUGAAGUGAGUUCUUUGUACACUGUAACUGUUGUGCACUUUUUUCAUAACUAUAUUAAGUUUAGCAACUGCUUUUCAACAGUUUUCAUACCUUGGCUAUGAUUGAGGGCUUUACAACUGCCUGACUUCCAAAUUUAAUGGACCGAUGAGAUUUUGGAGCAAAAACGCGCAAGAUGUUUUAGGUGCAGGAAAAUGUGCAAACAGUGUCCGGCGUGGGAAUGUAACUACAAGACGAAUGGUCUCCCUCCUACUCGCGCUUUGUAAAAUUCCUCUUUCUCUUCCUGUCCAGACACCUACCACGCAGGCUAGGGUUUACUUUGACUACUGGUAGGUUAGGAAGAAAGCGUGAUUGCUCUCACUUGUUUGAGAACAUUUUGACAGGUAAAAGCAGACACGAACUCUUGGUAUUUGACCUAAUUUUCAUAGACAAAUCAAUGACAAAAUACAGCAACAGCAUGCAAGAACAUGCGCAUGCGCAAAGACAUGUGUCGACACCAAGUAUUCGGGGGUGGUCUGAAAUUCUAAAUCUGGGAUAGGGGUCUAUUAAAUUCGUUUCCUUCCGCUAAGGUUAAAUAAAAUACUGAAACCAAAGCCCAAGAAUUCGACAACGUUCUGUUAUAAUUACAAAAAUUGUAGUAAACAGAGUUGUGAGAGAAAUUUGUUUCUAUUUCUUUGCAGUGUCCUCAGCGCACUCUUGCGCAACACCUCGAAGACGACAUGAAAAAGCACCUUGAGCUCGUGUCACAGCUCGCUAUUGAUCAGCGAAAAGAGAUCAAAGAGCUCCGUGAAAUUGUGAAACAUUGCAAACCCUUUGCCGACAGCAAGCUCUACUGGAAAAUAGACAAUUUCUGGGAGAAAUUUGCAGAGGCAAAGCGUAAGACCGGAGUGGAGCUUCACAGUCCGCCUUUCUACACAAGUCCGUACGGUUACAAAUUCAAGGUUGUCAUGUUUCCAUACGGGAACGGAAGCGGUGAAGGUUCCCAUCUAUCGUUGUACAUCCGUCUUCUCCCGGGCGAGUACGAUACACUCUUAAAAUGGCCUUUUGAGGGUGAGAUCACUCUCUCGCUCUUGGACCAAAGCAGAGACCCCAGUAGGGGCCAACGGAACAUCAGCCAAUCAUUUAGUCCGGAUCCAAAUUGGAAAAGCUUCCAGAGACCCAAUAAAAAUGGCGCCACCCUCGGAUUUGGUUACCCGCAAUUCGUUUCGCACCGCGGGCUAGAAUCAACGAACUAUGUGAAAGACAACUGUUUGUUUAUAAAAGCGACAAUCGACUGCAAAUAUUCAGCCGAUUUAUAA